AUGAGUGAUGAUUCUGAUGAUGAUGUUCCUGAUUUAGUCCCAGCUGUCACCGCUAAAGUUCCUGUCACCAUCAUUACUGGAUUUUUAGGAGCUGGGAAGACCACCCUUUUGAAUUACAUUCUUAACGAGCAGCAUGGAAAGAGAAUUGCUGUGAUACUUAAUGAGUUUGGUGAAGGAGAUUCGGUUGAGAAGUCAAUGUCUGUUGGAGAGAAGGGGGAAUUAUUUGAGGAGUGGUUGGAGCUGAGAAAUGGGUGCUUGUGUUGUUCUGUGAAAGACAACGGAGUUAAAGCUAUUGAGAAUUUGAUGCAAAAGAAAGGCAAGUUUGACUACAUACUUCUGGAGACCACCGGCCUGGCAGAUCCAGGGCCUAUUGCCUCCAUAUUUUGGCUUGAUGAAGAACUGUGUAGUGAUGUGUAUUUAGAUGGUGUCAUUGUAAUGGUUGAUGCCAAGUUCUGCACCCAGCAUUUGUUGGAAGAAAAAGCAGAUGGGUCUGUCAAUGAAGCUCAGAGACAGAUUGCCCUUGGAGAUGUGAUCAUCAUCAACAAAAUUGAUCUAGUGGAGAAUGAUGACUUGGAGAUCUUGAAUCACAGAAUAAGGUCAAUCAACAGUGUUGCUAAAGUUCUACAGACUUCACGAGCCAAAAUUGAUUUAGAACAAAUCCUAGACAUUAAUGCCUAUGGUCUGUCUGGCGACACUAAACUAGAAGAUAUAUUUGCACAGAGAGGCUUUUCAGUUGAGGACAAACACAUUGUUGAUCAGAGUGUGGGGACUCGGACGGUGGUAGUGAAUGGAAGUAUGGACAAGUCACGGUUAGACAACUUCCUGCAAGCUCUUCUGUGGGAGAAAAAUGUGAAAGACCUUCAAGGGAGGCCAACAGAAGUGAUACGGCUCAAGGGUGUGGUCUCCAUACACGGCAGUGAGAGACGGUUGGUGGUUCAAGCUGUCCAUGAGCUCUAUGAUUCACAGUUUACCACAGUUUGGGAGCCUGAGGAGCCUCGGUGCAACACCAUUGUUUUUAUAGGUCGUAACCUGAACAAAGCUGUUUUAGAGAAGUACAUAAAUGAGCUGGUUGUGUCUAGAUGA